AACUCACCCUCCGCAUCCUCGUCCUCAUCGCCACCCGCCAUUGCGUUUCGGACAUCCUCAAAACCUAGUCUCGGCGUAAGCUCGAGUUACACGUUCUUUAAUCUCUUUUCUGUACUUGCACCCAAUGGCCGUCCUUGACGUCGAACGCCGUGGACUCCUUGACGGCUUGGGCUCUGCUCUCGAUGGCGACGCCGGCUCAACGACCGCGACGACUACCAGCAGCAACGGGGGUCUGCUCAGUGGCCUCACGAGUGCCUUGAAUCCUGUCACUAGCUCGACUGCGUCGACUACAUCCUCUGUUGCUACAACUACAUCUACUACGUCGUCUACCACGUCUCUUACGACUGCCUCCACCACCUCCAGUUCAUCGUCGAGUAGUACGCAGAGUACAACGUCCAGUACUUCAUCGAGUAGCUCCUUGACCAGCUCCUCGAGUAGCACGUUGAGUAGCACGUCUACUACACCAUCCACCUCUUCAUCCCCAUCUUCCACUGUGGCUGACUCCUCAGCCACUAUCACCCCUACCGCUAGCCCGUCUUCCGAGUCGAUCAUCGUCACAAGCUCCCAGGGCCAAGUCGUUACCCUGACGUCCGUGGUUCAAGCGACGCCAACCGCCUCGAGCUCUCCGCAGGUCGCCACUUCUUUCCUCGAGAACAAAUCCCUCUCGAGUGGUGUCUUCGCCGUCGUAGGUAUCAUCGGGUUCGUUAUACUCGUCAUCAUCGGGACGAUGUUUAUUCGCCGUCGCAGCCGCAAACGGCUCGAUAGGGAGAUCGACGAAGUGGUCUCCUUCGAACCUACGACCGACCACUAUGGAGAGAAGGACGGUACCACUGGUGGCGCUUGGCCCGCACGCUACAGUACCGGUAGCACUGCCCAGGGCUCUAUCCACAAUGGUAGCGACGGCACUCACGGUCAGCCUGGAUAUGGCGCUGCAAUGCCCACCAACCGGUAUUCCAACGGCCCCGCCUACGGUCAGCAGCAGCAAAUGACCCAGAACGGCUACCCGGGCUAUGGAGGAAACCAGGCGUAUCAGGGGUACAACAUUCCUGCCCAAAACCAAGCAUAUCCCGCUCCCGCUCCUCCCCGUUCUCCCGCUGUAGCAUACGACCCCGCCCGCGCUGCAUCCCCUCCCAACCCUAUCGCUCCAUACAGUGCUCCCGUGCUUCCCCAGUUGAACUUCGCGUCCACCGGCCCCCAAUUCGUCAACAUCGCGUCAGAGAAACCCCUCCCAGCCCCGGCUCUUUACCCGGGGCAGGCCCAGAGCAGCGAAGAGGCUUCUUACACGCCAGUUGAAAGGGCGCCCGCCGGUAACGCGAGCAGCGAGACUAGACAUUCGCCCUCGAACUCUGUGGAACGCCAGCCCUCCACCCCCGUAUUGGCGUACGCGGCUGCACCUGAGCAGGGAUCUCGGCUUUCGAACGCUACGGCUUACGGUGGCGCACCCGCCAGCGUGGACGAACGUGCUGGUUAUACCCCCGGUGGUCUGACGGUGGCCAAUGCGUAACCGCGUUACAUGUUGCCCGUCCACCUUUCCCCGUCAUCGUCUCGGCCCCGAUACCCCUUCUUCCCUUCACCCGCCUAAUCCUACGUCAGGUCGUCGCCCCUUCGAGACCUCCUAAUGAGAUGUAGCCGCGUUCCCGCCUCUCAACUCUGUAUUAGAGAACGUGACUUUUUAUUAUUGCUUUCCUUCGCAUGUUUUACAGCUUGCUGCCUUACUCUUACCUUUGUAUAUACCCUGUUCUGAGGACUUACGUCUCGCCUUCGUUGUAGCAUUCAUACCAUACCAUCCGUUUUCGUCUGUCCUCAUCCAUGUCGUAUUGAUCUGCUGUGCACCUCUGACGAACAUUUACUUACCUUCACGUUCCUUGUCUACCUUAUUGCCGUCUACUCUUAUUUCGGACUCUCGCCUAGUAUCCCCGCUCUGCCUCCUCUUCCUGGUUCCCUCCCUCCCUCCUGCACCAUUCCC